GCCGAUUUGACAACAAGACGUAGAUGCUGGACCCGGGACACAGUGAUCUACUAAGCCCGUGAACCGCUCACGUGCACGGCACCCGGAAGUGAAAUUGGUGUAAAAGGUUCCGCCCCACCUGAGGUUCCACCAGAUUGACCUCAUAUAUUAGUGGGCCUGUCCCCGAUGUCCACGUCCAUGGAUAGAUUGUGAGAUUCAUCACGUUCCUAUCAACCCCCCUCUGUACCGCCCAAUAUGGAUCGAACCAGCAAAGUUGUCAUCGUUGGUGCAGGCUUGUUCGGCCUCGCAACCGCCAAACAGUUGGCCUCUGAAGGCCACCAGAACAUCCUUGUCGUCGACAGAAAUAUGCCACCGGUGCCAGAUGGCUCAAGCUCAGAUAUCUCGCGAGUCAUCCGUUUCGACUAUGCCGACGAGGACUACUGUAGCAUAGCCCAUGAUGCCUACCUGAAAUGGUCCAAGGAGCCCAAGUACCAUGGUAUCUUCUACCCUUCCAAAUACAUCCUUUGUAGCGCAAAAAAGUCCGCCAAAGAGUCUUGGAUGAGCAAAACGACGUUUCAACUGGACAAGCGGCAAUUGCCUUGGUCUCCGUUGCAAGAUGCUGCCGCAGCAAAGCGACAUUUCCCGGUUCUCACCGGCAAGCUUGCUGGGCCAGAGUGGGAGGGCUACGAGAAUGAUUCUGGCGGCUGGGCGGAUGCUAGCAAGGCCAUCACUCAGCUGAGGAACGAGUGUCUCGCUCUUGGGGUGUCUUUCACCGCAGGCCCGGCUGGCACCGUCCUCGGCUUCAACAGCGACGCCCAAGGUGUUAUCAAGUCGGCUCGCACUCUUGCUGGCUCGCUUAUCGAGGGCGAUCAGUUUGUGCUCACAGCCGGCGCUUGGGCCUCCGGUCUCGUUCCCACAUACAAUUCGACACUAUCGACAGCCCAGGCUUUGGGGUACGUCCGUCUGACAGAAUCGGAGAUGGAAAAGUACAAGGAGCUUCCUAUAUACGCCAACUUCUCGACCGGGUGGUUCAACUUUCCUCCCCAUGAGGAAACGCGAAUGCUCAAAUUUGCCGUGCACGGCUGGGGAUACACUCGAGCACCAUCCAAGAAUGAUAACAACGCGACCGCGACUAACUUGUCUGUGCCACCCGCGCUCUCACGUGAGCGUCCGAAUUUCGCGCCAGCCGAUGCCGAAAAGCGUCUCCGUGAGGGGCUACGGGAGAUAUUGCCCGAGCUCGCAGACCGUCCAUUCGACAGGGUGGCUCUCUGCUGGUACACGGAUACGCCUACGGGUGAUUUCAUUAUGGACUACCACCCAGACUACAAGAACUUGUUCUUCGGAGGAGGAGGCAGUGGGCAUGCUUUCAAAUUCCUGCCCGUUAUCGGCGAAUAUCUAUCUUUGGGAAUCAAGAAGCAGCUCCCUCGCCACUUAGCCAACAAGUGGCGGUUUCGCAAGGAGUAUGAGCACCAGCCGGACGCUUUUCUGGGUGAUGGUAGUAGAGGUGGGCCGGAAAGACGGGAGCUGAACGCGCAUGAGAGGGCGAAGCUGGACGGGCAAGAUAGAGCCAAGCUUUAGUGACGAUACGUCUUCGCGAGUUGCCAACGAUCAAUUCUCAAGAAACAAAAGCCUUAGGCUACCCCGGUAGUGCGGAAUAUGCAACAUAUUGUAUUUGGGGCCAGUUCAUAUCUAAUCGCUGAGAGUUGAGAGUAAGUCGGAUUGUUACAGCAUGAUGCCGACACGUACAUAGCCAGUUCUUGUCGUUCGACGCUUGAAGAGGCACUCGCAAAGCA